AUGGAAGGUAAAAAAAAAUCCUUAAACGUUACUAAUAAUCAUAAUUUAAAAGAUUUAAAAAACAAAACAAAUAAAGAUGCACUAUUAAUCACACAAUUGCAAUCUGAAUUGAACAAGUUUAAAGAAUUUAAAGUUGAUGUGGAAAGUAAAAAAUUAAUUCAACAGUCAGAAAUUCAACGACUAACAAUAAAAUGUCAAGAGUAUGAAGAUGUGAUUGAAGAAAAUCAGUUGGAAAUUGAAAAAUUAAAAAAAGAAAUUGAAAUUAUUUCUGAUUUGGAGAAAGAUCGUGAUAAUUAUAAACAAUUGUACGACGAGUUAGAUGUUGAAUUUAAAAGAUUUCAAUGUAAAGCUAAUGAGAAUGAAUUGGAAUUGGAAACAUUACAAUUAGAAGUGAAAAGAUUAAAAGAAAAGUGCGUUGAAUUUUACCAAAAGAUCGAUGAAGAUUCUAAAACACAUGAACUUUUAAAGAAUGAAUUAAAAGUAUUCCAACAUAUUGUCGGUGAACAAGACAAAAUUAUUCGGGGAAAAAAUCAGCAAGAGAAAGGCGCGCAUCCAGCAUAUUGUAACGCAUGUAAUAAAUUCAUAGUGGGUGUUCGAUACAAGUGUGGAAAUUGUGAUGAUUAUGAUAUUUGUUCGAACUGUGAGACAUCGAAUCAUGAUCGAACCCAUGUGUUUAUUAAAAUUAAACAGCCGAUAGAAAAUGACAAAUUCUUUAGAACUUUUUUACUCCCAAAAAUCAAAAUAAUUGAAAAAGAUGAAAAUGAUCAUAAAGUAAUUUGUGAUGUAUGUCAUAAAAGUAUUAAAGGCGUUAGAUACAAGUGUGGGCACUGUAUAAAAUUUGAAAUGUGUGUGAAUUGUGAAUCAUAUCCAUUUAGUUUACACGAUCAAAAUCAUAUAUUUAUAAAAAUCAAAAGACCAUCACUAAUAGAACUGAAAGAGCCUUUACUACCCUUAAACUUUCGACCAAUUGAAAAAAAUCAUUAA